AUGGAACCUAACCACAGCGGCUACGGCUACGGCUACUACGACAACAACAAUGGGUCCUAUACAAAUGACGACAACCCAUGCUACUACGGCAUGAGCUAUGCCACUUCCGAACCCUCCUAUGGCUACCAAUACCAGCAGUCUCCUUCUACCCAGUACGAUGGCGCGGCGAGUGCUAUGGGCAUGGGCAUGGACAUGGACCAGUUCAGCGCGCUCAUGGAGGCCACGUACAUCUCACCUGCUGCACCAUCCUGGGCGGAGCAGCACGAGGCAAAGAAGGCCAAUGCCGAGUCUCCGCAGCUGAUCGGCGUGCGGAGGCGGCCGUGGGGCAAGUAUGCGGCGGAGAUCCGGGACUCCACGCGCAGCAGUGAGCGCGUGUGGCUGGGCACCUUUGACACCCCGGAGGCCGCCGUGCUGGCCUACGACCAGGCGGCCUACACGUCCCGCGGAACCGCGACCGUGCUCAAUUUCCCGGUGGAGCGAGUCCGGGAGUCGCUGCGCGUGCUGAAGCUCGGCGAAGCCGCGGCCGAGGACGACUCGCCCGUGCUGGAGCUCAAGAGGCGCCACUCGAUCCGGAAGCGCACUCCCAAGGGCAAGAGCCAGGAGGGUGACAUGAAGAAGAAGCAACCUGCUGCCGCUGCCGCUGCGUCGUCGUCAUCGAGCGUGCUGGAGCUAGAGGACCUGGGAGCAGACUACUUGGAAGAGCUGCUCGCGUUGUCCGAGCAGUGGUCGAAUGAAUGA